AUGAAGUUACACGAGUAUCAAGCCAAGGAGAUUUUCGCCCGGUAUGGUAUCGAUGUACCGCGAGGUAUAGUAGCCAAUACCCCGGAGGAAGCCCGUAGCGCGACCCAGGAGUUAGGAGGGCAAGCGGUAGUCAAGGCCCAGGUCCACGCCGGAGGGCGCGGGCAGGCUGGCGGUAUCAAGGUGGUGCGCUCCCCCGAAGAAGCAGAAGAGGCGGCCCGGGGCUUUAUUGGCCGGAACCUGGUAACCCGCCAGACUGAUGCCCAGGGUGUUCCCAUCAAUUCCGUGCUGAUCGAGGAACUGGCGGAUAUUCGGAAAGAACUGUACGUGGCCUUGACCAUAGACCGGGGAUUCCGCGGGCCGGUGAUGAUUGUCAGCGCCUCCGGAGGGAUGGACAUCGAGGAAGUGGCAGCCUCCAACCCUGAUGACAUUCACACCGAGCCCAUCGAGCCUGUCCUGGGGCUGAUGCCCUACCAGGCCCGCCGCCUCGUUGCCCGAUUGGGUCUUGAAGGAGCCCAGGCCCGUCCUGCCACCCAGGUGUUGAACACCCUGUACCGAAUCUUCACCGAAAACGACUGUUCCCUGGUGGAGAUCAAUCCCCUGAUUAUCACCGGCGACGACCGCGUCGUCGCCCUGGACGCCAAGCUGGACGUGGAGGACGACUCCCUGAAGACGCGCUGGAAGCCCAGGCCUCGGACAUGGGAGAUUGCCUACGUCAACCUCGAAGGCAGCGUGGGUUGCCUGGUCAACGGAGCGGGCCUUGCCAUGGCCACCCUGGACGUAACCAACGCCGCCGGCGCGGCUCCGGCCAACUUCCUUGAUGUGGGCGGCGGCGCCGACGAGGAGAAAGUUGCCAGCGCCGUCAGCAUUAUUCUUUCCGACCCCAAGGUGGACCGGGUGCUGGUCAACAUCUUCGGCGGCAUCCUCCGCUGCGACAUCGCUGCCCGGGGCAUCGUCCUGGCCUUCGAGCGUUUGAACUCCGAACUGCCGCUGAUUGUCCGGAUGCUGGGCACCAACGUCGACGAGGGCAAGGAAAUCCUGGGCUCUUCGUCCCUCAACGUAACCUUCGCCGACACCCUGACCGAAGCCGCCCAGGCCAUCCGUCGAGCGGUGUAG